GCGUGGGCCAUCUCGACGUGCUACACCCACUCCAACUCACCUACCACCAUGCCUCCCCGUGCCAAGAAGGCCGCUGCCGCGGAUGCGCCUGCCCCGUCCCCUCGGGUUACGAGGAGUAAGCGCAAGACGGCUGAGGAGAUGAUGGAUGCGCCGAAGGAGACGGCGAAGAAGGCCAAGGUGGAGACGCCUGUGAAGGCGGCCAAGCCAGCGUCGAAGAAGCAGGAGACGUCCAAGGAGGCGCUCAAGGAGGCGCCCAAGGAGACUCCGGCGAAGGCUGCGUCCAAGAAGGUUGAGGUUACGCCGGCGAAGGCUACGCCGGCCAAGAAGCCCGCGUCGAAGAAGGAGACUUCUAAGGCUACACUUGCUGAGAAGCCUGCGUCGAAGGAGACGCCGAAGGCGACUCCCGCCAAGGAGAAGCCUGUGUCUAAGAAAGAGACGCCUAAGGCGACUCCUGCCAAGACGGAGAAGCCUGUAUCGAAGAAGGAGACCAAGCCAGCGAAGGAGGACAAGCCUGCAUCGAACAAGGCGGCCAAGCCCGCCGCCAAAGAGCCUACACCCGAAGCCGAGGCCGAAGCCGAAGCCGAAGCCGAGUCCGACGACGAGUCGUUCAUCGGCGCGCCGUCGGACUCUGACGGCGCAGACUCGAGCGACGACGAGUCGGACGCGGAAGACGCGGCCGUCAAGGCUGCCGGGCAGCGCGUGGAGGUCUCCAAGCUCCCGCAUGCGCGUGACGACGCGAGCGUCGCGGACCGCCUGAAGCGCGCCGCGAAGCGCAAGAACGUGCCCCGCGCGACGGUGUACCUCGGUCGCAUCCCGCACGGGUUUUACGAGGACGAGAUGAAGGAGUACUUUGGGCAGUUUGGGGAUGUGACGCGGCUCCGGCUUGCGCGGAACCCGAAGACCGGCGCGUCGCGCCACUACGCAUACAUCGAGUUCUCAUCCGAGCCGGUGGCCGAGAUCGUCGCAGACACGAUGCACAACUACCUCCUGAUGGGCCACCUGCUGCAGUGCGCCGUGGUGCCCAAGGACGCGGUGCACCCCGAGCUGUGGGUGGGCGCGAACAAAAAGUUCCGCAAGGUGCCGCGCGCGCGGCUGGAGAAGGUCCGGAAUGACAAGGCGCGGACAAAGGCGCAACAGGCCAAGGCAGACGCGGGGGUGCGUGCGCGGCAAGAGGCGCGGCGCGAGCGCAUCAAAGCUGCUGGUAUCGAGUACGAGUUUGAGGGGCACUAGUGGCAUGUGGCAUGUGGCAUGUAUCAAGUUAGAUGGUUG